AUGUCGUCGACCACCUUCACCUCGAACCCACCCGUUGGACCAGACUCUGCUCCCGUCGCACUCUCCUUCCCUCCCAACUGCGACCAGCGGGUGGCAGUGAUCAUGCUCAACGCACCCGAGAAGCUCAACGCGCUCGGGUGGGCCGAUUACAAAACCAUCACACACUGUCUCGAGUGGAUCGCCGUGCAACCGCACAUCCUCGUGACCAUCUUUACGGGUAAGGGACGAUACUUCUCCGCCGGGGCUAACGUGAAGGACCCCUCUCGCGCGCUACCGGCGCACGUGGAGUCUGCGGACACAACGACAGUGGAGGGUAGAGCUGUCGUUGCAGACUUCUACGCUGCGCGCGCGCAUGCGGGGCAGGGCAAGCUGGCUCUGGCGCUGCGCAACCACCCGAAGAUCUUGAUCGCCGCGCUCAACGGCCCAGCGGUCGGGCUGUCCGCGGCAAUCCUGGGCCACUGCGACCUCGUCUACGCCUACUCCGACUUUUUCCUCUUCACACCCUUCAUGUCGCUCGCCCUCGUCGCAGAGGGACUGACCUCCGUCACAUUCGUCCAGAAGAUGGGCCUGGGCAGAGCAACAGAAGCGCUUCUGGAGGGUCGCAGGAUGACAGCGACUGAUCUCAAGGAGAGCGGCUUCAUCACGCGCCUGUACACAAAGCCGAGCGGGUUCGACGGGACGAAGGACAAGCUAGCUACUCCUCCAAUCUUGGACGAUGUGCUGGGCCAUGUGAGGGAGAAGUUCUUGCCACCCAAUGCAAGUGCGUUCUCGCUACUCUACACGAAAAAACUACUCAGCGACGCUGCGUAUGCGUAUGCUGGUGUGGAUGGCGUCAACCAGGCCGAACUUAGGGGCGCGGAAACCGUCUUUGCUUCGGGCGAACCCCAGAAACGGUUCGCAAACAUCGCCGGUGGGGCUCGUCACAAACUGUAG